AGAAGCAUGGCCGCCCGGCCGCGCUCGCCGCGGCGGUUGGCCGUUGGCGGCAGUUGGCGCGCAUGCUCCGCGGCGCCCCGCACGGACAUGGCCGACGCCCCCGCCGGCGCGGGCGCCGCGAUCCGGCCGUUGGUGGGCAUGCUCCCCGCGCGCCCCGCACCGGCAUGGCGGCCGUCGGCGCGGGGGUGACUGCGGUCCUCGGCUUUCGGCUGUAGCCGCCCGGCGCUCGCUUCUCUUCCGGACCUCGGAGCCCGCGCAGCCGAGGGCGGGCGCGGCGUGCCAGGCGAGAGGGCACCGCGGGCGCCGGCCGGCCGCUGGCGGGAGAAGAUGGCCGAGGGCGAGCGGCAGCCGCCGCCAGAUUCUUCAGAGGAGACCCCUCCAGCCACUCAGAACUUUAUCAUUCCAAAAAAGGAGAUCCACACAGUUCCAGAUAUGGGCAAAUGGAAGCGUUCCCAGGCAUACGCUGACUACAUUGGAUUCAUCCUCACCCUCAACGAAGGCGUGAAGGGGAAGAAGCUGACCUUUGAGUACAGAGUCUCUGAGGCCAUUGAGAAGCUGGUGGCUCUUCUCAACACACUAGACCGGUGGAUCGAUGAGACCCCUCCGGUGGACCAGCCCUCUCGAUUCGGGAACAAGGCCUACAGGACCUGGUACGCCAAGCUUGACGAGGAAGCAGAAAACUUGGUGGCCACAGUGGUCCCCCCACAGCUGGCUGCAGCUGUGCCUGAAGUGGCUGUCUACCUGAAGGAGUCUGUGGGGAACUCCACGCGCAUCGACUACGGCACAGGGCAUGAGGCGGCCUUUGCUGCUUUCCUCUGCUGUCUUUGCAAGAUUGGGGUGCUCCGGGUGGAUGACCAGAUGGCUAUUGUCUUCAAGGUGUUCAAUCGGUACCUUGAAGUCAUGCGGAAGCUCCAGAAAACAUACAGGAUGGAACCGGCUGGCAGCCAGGGCGUGUGGGGCCUGGACGACUUCCAGUUUCUGCCCUUCAUCUGGGGCAGCUCGCAGCUGAUAGACCAUCCGUACCUGGAGCCCAGGCACUUUGUGGAUGAGAAGGCCGUGAACGAGAACCACAAGGACUACAUGUUUCUGGAGUGUAUCCUGUUUAUCACUGAGAUGAAGACUGGCCCGUUUGCAGAGCACUCCAACCAGCUGUGGAACAUCAGUGCCGUCCCCUCCUGGUCCAAGGUAAACCAGGGCCUCAUCCGCAUGUACAAGGCCGAGUGCCUGGAGAAGUUCCCUGUGAUCCAGCACUUCAAGUUCGGGAGCCUGCUGCCCAUCCAUCCUGUCACGUCUGGCUAGGAGGGGCCACGCCACCAGCGCCAUCCAGGCUGGGGUCCCCGUGCCCUCCCUGACCCUGGCACGCCGCCUCCUGCCCCUCCCUCUGUUCUUCUGUUUGAUGAGAGGCUGUUGACUGGGGGGGUGGGAAGUGGGGGCUUGAGAAGGGCUCAGAUCCUAAAGCUGAAGGACCCAAGUUGGGAGAAGUGACCAAAGUGUGGCCAGUUUCCUGACCUCCCCUGAGUGGACGGGCAAGAAGAAAGGGACAGGAUCUGCCCCCCACUCAUGCCCCUGGCCCCUCUCCUCUCCUUCCUGCCCAGUCCCACUCUGAGGCAGGAGCUGGAGAGGCCUCUCGCUGUUUCCUUUGCUGUCGGGUCCAGUUCCCAGUGAUGCCUUUCUACGGGUUGGAGUGGCUGCCCCGUGCAGGGAUGGGUCACUCCCAAGCCAUGUCGGGCAGCACCUGGGCUGGAGGCUGAGGCUGGUGGACAGCCAUGGGGUGGGCAGGAUGGGCGUUGGGGAGGCCUUGACUGUUGCGGCCAGUGACCUCCCAGAUUCCUUGAGGUGGCCCUCGGGGCCAGAGCGCACCUGUGUCCAGAGGCUUGUCCUGGCUCUCUGUGCUCUGGCCCCUGACUUUGCUGGAUUUCCUGUCCGUAGCCACCCAGCUCCCUUCCCCGGGUGGCCCAGCUGUGGAAGCCACCCUUUGGGUAGGCUCUGGACACCAGGAGGGCCUGCGCUCCCAGAGCUCUCCCCAGCAGGGAGGGGUGUUGGAGACUCAGGGAGGGCCGUGGGCUCCUGGGUCUGUGGAGAGCCUGGAUUCACUCUGCCAGCCUGUCCUGGGCCCGGCUGCCUCUGCCGCCUCCUCACUGCACAAGCCUCCCCGAGCCCUGGGCCUCCGCCCUGCUCCCCUAGCAGGUUACGUGAUCAGCGGUGGGAGGCCAGAGAGCUUCAGCCUCUCAUGGGCUGAGGUGAGCAACGGCCCCCAGGCCCAGGCCCUGGCUGGAGCAUGGGACGGGCUGCCUGGUGGGCCCCAAGGGUGGGGUGCUGACAGCAGCUGGCCACGUCUCUCCUGGGGCGGAUCCUGGGCUGGCUCUUGCAGGCUCGCCUGCCCAGCCCAGGCCUGCCCUUCUCCACGGCCCGCUCCCUGCUCUGGCUGUGGAACCUUCAGGGAGUGGGCACCGGAAGCACAACUGAGGGAAGGCUGGAGCCAGCACCGGCCAGUGGUCCAGGCAGAGGCUGGGACAGGAUUUUGAGUCACAGACAAAGUUCCCAGGAGAGGCUGGUGCCUGCCUUCCUCCGGGCCACCACCACCUUCCUAGCCCCCGUGCCCCCAGGCCUGCAGCCUGCGCCUUCAUUGCUGUUUGGAUUAAAGCCUCUGUUUUGCACCUGU